ACGGGAUCGGCGGUCCGACGAGACGGGUGGGCGUCGCGUCAGUACAAAUACGUCUAAAACGAAACUUGACACAAACUGAGAAUUAUUUGUGCGGGGCUUGUUGCGAAAAGGAUACCUAGUGACACCUGGAGGGUGCCCUCCCUCCAUGUUUUUUUCUCUCAGGAUGUCUAGCCUGUUCUCACUGUAGGGGAGAGGAACACCUCAUUUGGAUCCACUUACGCUGACCUGACCAGCCAACCACCAUGCCUUGCCAGAGCUUUACUUCUUGUCCUUCGCUUAAUGCUAGACCUCUCCGCUUCCUGUUCGUCCUUCUUGCCCUCUCUGUUAUUCACACCCACGGCAAAGAUGCUCCUGUCGUACCUCAGCAGGUGAACCUGUCUCCCAACAUGAAAACACAGCAAUUGUCAAUUUCCUGGCUCAGUGGAGCAGCCACAACCUUUGACCUCUGGAUUCAAAGAACUGAACUCAGUGAAACCAUCUUCGAUGAUACGGUAACAGCUGACCAAGUGAAUGGUCGGUACCAGUGGAACUGGACUUCGGCAGAACCUCUGGAAUGUACCUCUCUGUCAGUCCAACUUCGCUCCAGAGAUGGCCAGACAACCAGCGAAUGGAGUGAAACACAGAUUCUACAAGGGAUGGAUUUCCCUUCCAACAAAGGAUCGUAUAUGUACCCAGUGGACUCAGUUGUGAAUGUGGGCACCAACACCACCUUCUGUUGCAUCGUAGGAGAGAGGAGGCUCUUUGGAAGUAUCUACUACAAAGUCGUCCUCAUGAAUGCGACAAGGCUAAGUAGGAGGAGCUAUGCCAUCACCAGAGUCAAUCAGGAACCUUCUGGAAUGACAGGCACCAAUGUCUUCUGUAACGACUACCAGAACACAAUACUGACCGGAGUGGUGGUGUUUGUUGGAUAUCCACCACUGCCCAGCAAUCUAGUUUGUGAGACUCAUGACUUAAAAUCAGCUGUGUGCCGAUGGAACGCAGGGCGAGAUACACAUCUGAAUGGCAACCAACGAAGGACAAACUAUACACUAAAUGGAAGGAAAUGUGAAGUGGCCAGCCAGAGCUUAAAUUGGACAGUUUGUAGUCUAGACCAGUGGGAUGGUAACUGGACCCUGGUAGCCAAGAACCCACUCGGCACAUACAGUCUGACAGACUCUGCUGAGCUCAGACACAGAGUUCGUCCUGUAGCACCAAUUAGCCUGGUCUCCAUCUCCCAUGCCUGGAAUGCCACUGUGCUGUGGCAAUGGAUGUAUAAGAGCUACGACUCACUGGCUCUUAUUUGCCAGGUGGAGCUCACCGCCUAUGGGCAAACUACAAAUCGAACCUUUCUUGGUGUGGGUCUGCAUUCAGCGGUACUAUUGGGCCUGCAUCCUGAUGAGGUCUACAGUGUUAGAGUUUGCUGUGGAGCCCAGCAAAACUUCGGGAAGUGGGGAAACUGGAGUGAGGCGCAUACCUUCAGAACCAGAAUGGACAUUCCAGAGACUCUUGAUAUGUGGGUGUGGAUGGAUGGAGAGGACACUGGACGGGUGAUGUGGAAGCCCCUGACACGAAAACAGAGUCACGGCCUGAUCACAGGUUACGAGGUGACUCUCUGGAGCCCGGAGAAGAACAUUCAACACAAUAAAAUCCUGCCCCCAAGUAACUUCACUUUGCCCUUCAACUUCUCACAAGAUGAUUAUACCAGCGGCGUUAAAAUCAUAGCUUCCAUCACAGCAAGGAAUGGAGCUGGGGUGUCUCUGCCUGCAAGUGUAGUUAUACCUUUACAUAUGGCAAAUAUUGAGCCCCCUUUUGUGUCCAGAGCAGUCUUUUUGGAUGGAGGUUUUCCUUUGUCCUGGCAGAGCAACACCAAUGCCAGCUGUGGUUAUGUGGUAGAGUGGCGUGAUGCCUCCUGCUUGCAGGACUGUUCUGUGGACUGGACCAAAGUGCCUGCUGAAAACACCACCAUCUCCCUACGGUCAGGUAACUUCGAGCAAGGUGUGAGGUACACGUUUACCCUCUACAGUUGUUCCUCUAAGGCCCCAGAGCUGAUGCACCAUUGGCAGGGAUACAUGCAGGAGAUGGUACCCUCCAGGUCUGUCCCCCACCUGUCAACCAAUCAACAGGACUCUGACAUUCAGUUGAGCUGGGAUGAGAUCCCAUUGGUCAACAGGAGAGGCUUCCUCCUGGGCUACAACAUUUACCGCAACAACGGCUCCCAGCUCACACUCUUAGCCAAUGUGUCAGACCCAGGCAGCAGGAGCUACACAGUGAGGGGUCUGCCUUUGGACUCCUAUAAGUUCACUGUCAAGGCCUACAACUCAGCUGGCGAGGACACAGGCACCACUGCCUCCAUAACCCUGAAGUCAGUCACUGAUUGGCUUAUCCUAGAAAUCUUAGCAUCCCUAGGAACCAUGACCUGUUUCCUGGUCUUUGUCACCUUCAUCUGCUAUAAAAAGAGGAAUUGGGUGAAGAAGGCAUUCUAUCCAGACAUACCUGAACCCAAGCUGGCUGGUGACUGGUCCAGGCCACAGGGCACCAUGGAUGUGAAGCCAUCUCCCCACAGCAUGGUUCGCAUUGUUGAAGAACCUGAAUGGGAUUCAAGUAAAGAAGCACUAGUUGCCAUCCCAGAGGAGGAAGAGGAUGAGGAAGGGCAGGGAAUAGGAGAUGGACCAGUUGACGCGGACGAGCCAAUGUCAUUACGCUACUACAACCAAGUGAUAGAUGACCGGCCCAUAAGGCCCCGUUUCCCAGACUCUUCUGCUUCCUCUGCCUCUUCACUAGAUUCAGCGCGUACUGAUGUUACCUACACAGGAAUUCAGACCUCAGGGUCCUCCCUGACAUUUCAGCUCCAGACACAGGGUUCCUCUGGAGGACAGCAGCCUCAGACGGAGCCCCCUGUCAGCUUUGCAGGAGGAGAGGGAAGCUACCGGCCUCAGAUGCAGCAUGGAAACGUGGGCCACAGCCCAGGCCCAGCUCAACCACAGUGUUUCCAAGAGCCACAGUCUACCACAGGAGGAUCAUUUAGUUGCUACCAGCCCCAGUGCUCUUGGAAUCUGGACUCCCCAGUGGAGGCAGGAGGGAGCGGUGGCCGGGCUCUUUCUUUGGGCUCCCCCACCUCCAUUGCCUCCACUCAGUUCCUUCUCCCUGAAGGUGGGACAGAGGACAGUGGAGAUGGAAAAGGCCAUGGGUCAUCCUCAGCAACAUCCUGGUUCCACAACUUGCUGACAUCUACUAAACCAUGAUAUUUCACUUUGUACUAGCAGACAGCCCAGGGGGUUGCAUUCGUGAAGGUUUUUUUUUUGUCAGUAUCAUGCAUCAACAAUGUCCAGCCCACAUUUGCCUAACAGAUACUGGCAUUUUAAUGAAACGGGUACAAUGUUUUUUGUGAUACAACAGUUACCUGUGAUAAUCAUUCUUACAUGGCAAAAACAGUCAACAUCAAAUAUAGAAACCUCAGCCAGUUUUUUGUAAACAGUUGCGCCUUUCGUGUAGAUAUUAAUAACAAUAAUGAUUCACUGUCUUUUAUCAGUUAAGAAAAGAAAGUAAUAUUUAUUAUCACUAAUGUGCAUUUCACUUCUGUGUUAACGUUCCAACAUAUGGAAUGCAACCCUUUGGUGUCUUGUCUGUCUUGUCCCUCAAAGCCUUCCAUGACACUCAGUGACUGUCUACUUGAGGCAUUUAGCAAUGUCAAGUCCUUUGUUUUCAAUGCAGUAUAUUCGUGUUUUGUUUUUCAUUUCAAAUGCUUUUUUUUUUGUCAUGUGACCUUAUCCAUUUCACAGGACACAAAAGGGGGAAAAAAAGCUGAAACAAAGAACAUUUCAGGCAAAAUGAUAUGACGAACACAAAAGAACACUUUGGAGAACUCUACAAAGAACACUAAUUAUACAGAGGAGCCCUCACCCUAAGAAGUUCCUGGUUACGCAAAUCACAUUGUCUGCUGGUCUGCUCCGAAGAUGACCUUGUCAUCGUUGAGAUUGGGCUAAACUGUAUGGCAGCUGUGGACCUAUUUUAAGAAAAAAUAACGGAGAGGGAGCGUAGUUGUCUGUUGAUACAUAAUUGUUACAAUAGACUGGGUGAAUAAAGAUGGUACUCUCCAGGAUUGUUGUCAAUUUCA